AUGCGCCGUUGCUCGGCUGUGUACGCGGAAGCGCUUUGGUUACCAGGGGUUACCAACAUGGCGGCGGACGGAGAGCAACGUGCGGCUAGUGAAGUGUCUCAGGCGCUCGCCCGGCACCUUAACUGCUUGAAUGACGAGAAUAAGAGCACCCGGAGGAGGGCCCUGGCCUCCAUACAGAAGGAAGCCGAGGACCGGCGCCUCUCCAGCGGGGCGCUGCAGGAAGUCUUCGGGGAGUUACUAAAGCCGCUGCUCCUGUGCCUGUCAGACCCGAUGGAGAAGUGCAGGGAGAUCGCCAUCCAGGUCCUCACCUAUUGUGUCACCAAUGUGCCCAGACCAGAGGAGGCGCUGCCAUACCUGGUGCCAGCCAUCACCCAGCGCCUGGGGAACCCCGAGAUCACGGAGCCCUCCGAGGAGCUGAGGCUGGCCCUCACCCAGCUCCUCACCCUGCUGGUGGAGGUGUGCGGCAGGAAGCUGGGCCCCUACCUGGACGAGAUGGUCAGGAUAUUACAGAGGACCAUAGUAGAUCCCUUCCCUGAUGUCAAGAAAGAAAGCUGCAAGUGUGCUGCCAACUAUGCCCAGAUCAUACCAGAACAUUUUCACCUCCAGUCUGAUUCUCUUAUUAAACCCAUGAUGCAGACGAUAUCCCACCAGCAUUCUAAAGUCCGUGUAACUGUUAUCCAGGCGACAGGAGCGGUUAUACAGUAUGGUAACGGCAAGUCUGUGGAUGACGUCCUUUCUCAUCUAGCCCAGAGGCUAUUUGAUGAUGCCCCUCAGGUUCGGCAAGCAGUUACUAUUGUAGUUGGAAACUGGCUUUUGGAGCUCAGGGAUAGAUACUCCUAUUUCCAUAAACUUAUACCUCUUCUGCUCAGCAGCACUACAGAUGAGAUUCCUGACAUCAAGCAAACUGCCCUUACUUAUUGGCAGAAAAUAGGUUUACAGUGGGAAAAAGAAAAUGAAGAUGAUCUGAAAGAUAAGAUGGACUUCGGUUCACCAUAUCCAACAUUUUAUCCAUCUGGAGUGCAGAGACCUGGUUUGGGAUGUCGUGAGCUAAUAUUCAGGAAUCUCUCGAAAAUUCUCCCUGCGGUUAGUCGUGACAUAACAGACUGGGUAGCUGGUACCCGGGUUAAAGCUGCUCAGCUCCUUGUCGUCUUGUUGAUUCAUGCAGAAGAUCAUAGUACUCAGCACAUGGAGCUGUUACUGAGCACCUUAUACCGGUCGUGUCUGGAUGAAGAGGAGAAAGUCAUCCACAAUAGUAUUAAAUCUGCAGAAUUAAUCGGCACCUUCGUAAAUCCUGAAGUCUUCCUCAAGCUGAUUUUGUCUGCUCUGGGGAAGUCUCCCAUAUCUUCACACCUGACAGUGUUGGCGGGGUGUAUUCGAGGGAGCUCCGGUGCGGUGCUGAAGCCACAUUUGCAACGAAUAGCUGAUGUCCUUUCUAAGAAUGAGAUCUGUCAGGGAUCUGAAAAGGUGCUGUACAUGGAGCAGUUACUGUGCUGCGUACAGGCCACCAUCAGUAUAUGCCAGCAGUACUGUACAGACAUCAGCCUGCAGUGUAUGAAGGUCCUGAUAACAAUACUCGCCAGCCCGGCCUCCGAGCCCCUGUAUGAAAAGGUUCAAGGUGUUAUGCUGUCACUAGCAGAGGUACAAGGUGUGAGCGAAAUCCAAGGGCUGUACGCACGGCACAUGCAAGAGUUGAUGCAAUGGGCUUCCAAAGGUCAUGAUCACUGGACCAGCUAUUCCAUAGAACGGGGACAGUUUGAGGUUCUCGUCACCGAAUCUGGCCCUGUUAUAGGAGAGCAUCUCGAUCUCUUAAUGCCAGUAUUGAAGACUUGCCUUCAACAGGACAAAGAGCCGCAGAUGCGACUGAAAGUCUUCACAAUGUUGUCCAAACUCCUGCUGGAAGCCAGCGAAACCGUCAACUCCAAAGGAAAGUUCCAUCUUUACUCAGAAACUCUUAUUCUGGACAUUCUGGUUCCUAAUCUGAAGUGGAAUGCUGGGAGGACAGCCGGAGCAAUCCGGACCAUAGCGGUGUCCUGUCUCUGGGUUCUGUUGCAGAGUGAGGUUCUGUUACAUGAAGAGAUUCUCCAGGUACAGGAUGUUCUGAUGCCCCAGGUCCUCGCUACUCUGGAAGAAGAUUCAAAGACGAGCCGGCUGGUGUCAUGUCGUAUCAUCAGGGCUCUCCUGGGAGUCUGUGGACAGCAUUUGGAUCCAGAUAAAUUAAACAAGAUUUACCCAGAACUUGUAAAACGUCUUGAUGAUGCGUCAGAUGAAGUGCGGAUCACCGCUGCUAAAACAUUGAGUCUGUGGUUUACAUUCAUUGAUGAUCGGUAUGAGAGGACGAUGUAUCGGGGUCACCUGGAAUUCCUAUACCGUUGUCUCCUUGUACAUCUUGAUGAUACAGAUACUACUCUCCAAGCCACAGUACUAGACGUCCUAAAAGAAGCGAGUUCUGCAUACCCAUCAUUGUUAGCUCAAGAGAUUGAAGCGGUGAAGCAUAAGCACAGGACCCCCGUCUAUUGUGAUCAACUCCUCCAACACAUCCAGAUGACUUAUAACAGCGGAUCCACGUAAUCGCCUCCUGUCCCCCAGUGUCGUCAAGUAUUCAUUUCUAUAUGUAUUUAUUUUACACUCACAUAUAUAUAUUUUCAUGAAAUAACAUUUUAUUUUAAACUGUGAAUAUCUAAAGUGCCUCUCCUGGAGCUUUACAAAGGAUACCCAGAAACAUUUCCCGGUCUAGAAUUAUGAGAGUCUACAUGGUAAAGCCAAAUGCCAACCUGUCUUGUGUUCUGUUAAAUGUCGCUGGUUACCAACUGAAUAAAUCUGCCUAAUGGUUUUUCUUUUUAAUUCCACUUUCAC